AUGCUGGGCAGAUCAACAGCUGCAGAUCCAGUGACAACAUCAGUUGCAGCUAGUGUUGACAAUCUCUUAGAAAUUAGUAACGAAGUGACAGAUGUGUCUGAGGAAUCUCGUUCUGCAUCAUCCACUAUCAUUAAAUCCUUAGAGGAACAGCUAGCUACGGUUGCAUCAGUUGGCUUAAAUUACACUUUCAGUAGCAAGAAUCUUGACAUCGAGGUGGUACAAUUGCAGGAAGACUUCGCUUCAAAUGGGGUUGUGUUUUAUUUGUCGGAAAAUUCGCCUGCUUUAGUAGUUCCAUCUGAGAAAUAUUCAAGUGAAUCUGUAACCGAAUUAGAUACAUCUUUGAAGUUACCAGCUGAAGCGUUUGAUGUUGGCACGGUACAUCGAGAAGAUGGAAAUGUUCCCAGCGUAUUUGUUCUUUAUAAGCAAUCUACUUUGUUUUCAAUUACAAGCAAAGGCAAUAAAAAUUGGACGAUUGGGAGCAGAGUUAUAUCAGCCAAUGUUCAUGGAAUGGAGUCAAAUACUUUUAAAAAUCCAGUUAUUGGGGUUUAUACUCCGACAAUAAACAAAUCGGUGUCUGAACAAGACAUUAGAUGUGUAUUCUGGGAUUUUAAACUUGAAAACGGCAUCGGUGAUUGGUCAAACGAAGGUUGCGUGUACAACACGACUGAAGAUGGGCGUGUAAUUUGUCAUUGUGAUCACUUGACAAACUUCGCCGUAUUAAUGGAUUUCCAUGGCCAGACUGACAUUAUCUCCAAACGUCAUCACGUGUUAUCCGUGAUAAGCUUGAUUGGCUGUUGUGUAUCAAUUACAGCAUUGAUCUUAACCAUUUGUACACUGAUAUACACCCGGUAUACGACGCCUUUUUCAAGGGAGCAACACUCUGCUCGCCCCAAAUUGGUAUUGCUAAAUUUUGCAAUAGCACUGUUUUUGCUUUACCUCGUCUUCGUCGUCGGUAUUGAACAGACAACGCACAAACCCGCCUGUAUUUGUAUUUCUGUACUUCUUCACUAUCUUACGAUUUCAUCAAUUUCAUGGAUGACAAUACAAGCAGUGAAUAUCUACCUAUCAUUGGUGAGGAUCUUCCCGACGUAUAUCUCCAAAUUUAGGAUGAAAGCAUACAUAUUCGGAUGGGUGAUUCCUGUACUUCCGGUCGUGAUAUGUUUAAUCGUCAGUAGGGAAAGCUAUUCGAACGCAGAUUACUGCUUCAUCAAUCCAGGUCCAGUUUUAUACUAUGGUAAUAUAGCCAUAGCGGGCGCUCUGUUUUUCACAAACCUCGUCAUCUUCAUACUUGUCAUCUGCGUCCUUACAUGUUCACGAAGCCGCCAAAUAACACGAAAGAACGACAAAAGCAAGUUUGCGACUGCGAAAGAGCAGGUAUCAACUGCCAUUGGUUUGUCCAUUUUGCUUGGCUUAACCUGGGUAUUUGGAUUUACAGCAAUAGCAAAAUCAACCAGCUCAAAUUUGAGAUUCUCGAUGCAACUUCUUUUUUGUGUUUUUAAUUCGCUUCAAGGAUUAUUCGUGUUUUUGUUUUUCUCCGUUCGUCCUGGCGAUUUCAAGGCAUUUGUUACAUCAUGUCUUUCUAGCUUGUCAUGUAGUACACAAUCAUACGAAAUUGCCAAUAAAUAUGACAAAGGCGUUACGUUAUCCCACGAUACCACUGGUCAGGCCGAAUCGAUGACACACAGCACCGAUGUAUGAUUGUACAAGGAGUGAACUGCAAGAGGCCCGACUGUCCUGAUUGUGUGGUAAUGGAACGUAAAAAAAAAAUACUGCCCGAGGGCGCCCUAUUAAAAUUCCAAGAGAGUUUGCUCGAAACUCGUCUUUUAAGGACACGCCCCUUCGUGACACUGCUUUUAGAAAUAUAUAGGACUACGUUCCAAAGAAACCACAACAGUCGGACCUCUUGCAAAAUACUCUUUAAUUAUACAAUAAAUGGGUAUCACACAAAUCCGAAUUUUUGGAUUGAAGCCUACCGAACAGAAAAUCAUGAAUCAGUUGUAAGAGAAGGACGCGCGGCGUUCUCUUGACCGCAUUUCCAAGGCGCUGAACGCCGUCCAGAGGCAUAGGCUGUGGAGGGGGUGGGGAGGGGUGGUGUGAAGAGUGCGGCCGCAUCCUCCCCCUCCCCCUUAAAAGGCAAAAAGGUUCCGCUGGUGUAGGCCUAGGCCUGCCUAUACCACAAUGGAAAAUUUGCAGGGCAGCAAGUAAAACUCGAUUACGCCAACAACAUAUAAACCUGUGAUAUGUUUAAUCGUAAAACAAAAUAAAAGCUAAUUGUUAUCCCAUACAAUAUAUGAAUAAACAUCGUAAUUCUAAAUAAAUACAGUGUAUUCUUCAUAUUGUCAGAACAUUUAUUUCAUAAUGGUCGAAGUUAAAUUUAUAUUUAAAAGAUGCGUACAAUUAUUAACUUUUUGAAUAAAACAAACUAUUGUUUCCUAUCCUAAUUCGCCCACAAUGCGAUCACUUUUAUUACAGGCAUGCGCAGUUCAAUAAUUAACUACGAAGUUUUUUACUGCGCAUGCUUAUGACUGUGAGAAAAAUAAUACUGAUUCGCACUAUUGGGCGGACUGCAUAAAACUUAAAACAUAAAAACCUAGAACUGCGUAAGACUGCGUUGAUACUGCAUAACAUCGAUUGAGAUAGGUUAUAUUUUUCUAAUUGUAUAGGCUAUUAAAAUGCAAUAACAAUGGGAAUAAGAUGCCUUGAAAUUUAAAUUAUUAGGGCAAAUAAAUAUUGCAAGUUGAAGUAUCGUAGCAUUUAGUUAGAUUUUCAUGUUUGAUUUGUAGAAUGAUUGAUUAUAUGAAAUAAAUGUGGGAUGCCCCCACACAAGACAAAAAAAAAAA